GGAGAGUUGAGCAACCUGAAGUGUCCCGGGACCCACCAGAGCUGCCUGCAACAGUCCCUUGGGUGGGAGCAGAGGGACCCCACCAUGGGGGUUCUGCAGGGAAUGCCGCUCUUUCUGGGGUUGCUAGUGGUACUAGAGAGAGUGAAUAACCUGCAGAUAAACCAGGAGCCCCAGACUAUCCAGGUAAAACCAGGAAGCAUCGUAAACAUCAAUUGUAUGGUGAUCUCAGAUGAGAUUAUGGAGCAGAUCCGAGUGGAGUGGUUGAAGAAUGGAACCAUGCUACACUCUUUUCUCAUUACCAACAACAUGCUCAACGAAACCAACCACCCGCGAGGUUGGAAGUUGUCCUGGAGAAACCACAGCCUCGGCCUGAGCCUGCCCAUCAACGACAACAAUGACACCGGGAUAUACCAGUGCCGCAUCAUCGUGGAGAUCCCCCAGAUCAAACAAGGAAACGGCAGCGGGACCAUCGUUCAUCUGAAAGAGACCAAAGCGGUUGAUCCCAAAAGCUUCGUUUCAGAUUUUAUUGUCUGGUCGUUGGUGAUGGGCGGCAUAGCCUCGGUGACGUUAGUGCUGGCGGCCGUGAUCUGCUGCUAUCGUCGCCAUUGUAGGGACACAGGAGAACAUUUCUACGCUAAAAUCCUCUGCCGACCGAAGGCUGAAGGCCAAGAGGGGAAGAGAGCGGGGCCCGAAACCAACGAAAGGGAGGUUGAAAAGACGAACCAAGGGGAAAAGGGGAAUCCAAAGGGACAGAGCCGCUAUACGGUGGGUUUCCCCGUAGCCCAGCCCCUCCACCCGGCCCCCUGUCCCCCCCCACUGACCACCUCUGCCCUCUCCAACCGCCGGCCUCCUCAACCGCUCAGGCCCAGACCCAGCUCCAGCCCUAGGCUCUGCUACUACAACAGCCUCCUCGCCAACCAGCUGCCCGUUACCCCUCUGUGCAGUCUGGGAAGCCCAAAGCCACCUCAGUGACCGCGAGUCCCAGGCUGAUGUGCCGCUAAUCCCUACAGUGCCAACUUGACCCACCCAGCCCCUUGAGAUCUGGAGGCCGAGUAAAAAAUAAAUAAACC